GCCUUGGUGUUAGGUAGGGUGCGAAACUGCUGCCAUGAGUUCCUCGUGUUAUGAAUAAAAGUUUUUUUUUUUAUUUUUUUUCGGGGAAAUGUUAUGUAUAAAUGUUAGCGAGAGCUAAAAUAAAAUAAAGUGGUUUGCGCAGUUCAUUAUUUUAUGGUAUGGGGCCAAGUGCUUCAAUAUAAAAUGAAGUGCAGGAGCUCAGAGUUACUGCAAAAUUGGAAGUGAGAACUCAAAAAGUUAGCUUUCAAAGGAGAAGGGGAGAAGAAAAAGCUUAUUGAGAUGGCGAAGGUGGCGGAGCUAUUGGCGGUGCUUCUAUUGUUUUGGGAGCAUUAUUACUCAGUUCCGUGCUUUUCCGAGUUCACCAGAGACGAUUUCCCUGCGGAUUUUGUUUUCGGAGCAGGAACUUCUGCCUUUCAGUACGAGGGUGCAUGGGUCGAUGAUGGAAAGUCUCCAAGCAUCUGGGAUACUUUUACACAUGAAGGAUGGGCUGGAAUCAAUAACCCAGACACGGCUUCUGAUGGUUAUCACAAAUAUAAGGGAGACAUCAAGCUCAUGAGUGACACUGGUCUUGAAGCUUAUAGAUUAUCAAUCUCCUGGCCAAGGCUUCUCCCGAAAGGGAGAGGGCCAGUGAAUCCUAAAGGCAUUGGGUAUUACAACAACGUCAUCAACGAAUUGAUCAAACACGGUAUUCAGCCUCACGUGACUCUGCAUCAUCUGGACGUUCCUCAGGUACUUCAAGAUGAGUAUGGAGGAUGGCUAAGCCCAAAAAUCAUCGAUGAUUUCAAAGAACUAGCUGAUGUAUGCUUUAAAGAAUUUGGCGAUAGGGUUUCUCAUUGGACCACGAUCAAUCAACCCAACAUUAACUCCUUAGCCUCCUUUGAUUAUGGUUUCUUCCCUCCUCAACGUUGUUCAUACCCUUAUGGUGUUAACUUUACAGGAAGCAGUACUAAUUGUACAGGAGGUAAUUCCACUGUGGAGCCAUAUAUCACAGUUCAUAAUUAUAUAUUGGCUCAUUCUGCAGCCGUUGAGCUAUACAGGAAAAACUAUCAGAUCAAACAAAAAGGGCAGAUUGGCAUCAACAUCUACACUAUGUGGUUCAAACCAUUGACAAAUUCUACUGAGGAUGCUAUGGCAACCAAGAGAGCACGAGACUUCUUACUAGGCUGGAUCUUAAACCCUAUCUUGUUUGGAGACUACCCUGAGAUCAUCAAGAAAAAUGCAGGCUCACGUCUUCCAUCUUUCAGUUAUUCUGAAUCUCAAAAAGUGAAAGGGUCUUUCGACUUUAUUGGUAUAAACUACUACUUUGCAUUUUAUGUGGCUGACGAUCCUAGUAUUCCCAAGACAGGUCUUCGAGAUUAUAAUUCAGACAUGUUUGCUAAGUUCACAGCAUUCAAAGAUGCUCCGCCAGUAAGACGGAUUAUUCCACCUAGUCGACCCAUCAAUGAUUUUGAAAGCCUUUGGAAACUGCUGAAUUAUCUCAAGAAAACAUACAAAAAUCCUCCUAUUUUUGUUCAUGAGAAUGGUUAUGGUUUGGGAGUUGUUGACACGAUAAAUGAGAUAAAUGACGUAGGAAGGAUAACCUUUCUAAGUGGUUUCAUCGGAAGCGUACUUGAUUCUAUCAGGGAUGGAAUAGAUGUGAGGGGAUAUUUUAUAUGGACAUUUGUCGAUGGUUAUGAGUUGAUAUCUGGGUAUUCAUCAAGAUUUGGCCUAUACCACGUGAAUUUUGAAGACAGUGAACAUGAGAGGACGCCAAAGCUUUCUGCCCAUUGGUACCAUAACUUUCUCAGAAAAGGGGCUCUAAUUAAGAUGAAGAAUAAUGGUACGUAUUGGGCCAGAGCUCAUCGUUCAGAAUAAAUAGCCUGGCUUCUGGCAUGAAAGUCUUUUUAUCUUUGGCCGAAGUUUUGUGAUGUUUUAGGAUAACCUUUUUGGGCGAUGCUAUUUUAACUAUAAGGCAAUGCUAUACUUGCUAUUGUACUGAAGUUACCACCAUGGAUGGCCUUGGCAGCUUAGUUCGCAUUCAAACUUUGCAGGCAUCUUUUCACAUCAAGUAAUAAUUACUGGAGAACAAAUGUCCGGUUAUUUUAGGCUUAUUGCCAACAUUGGAAUAUAUUAUAACCAACUUAGCAUGGAAAUUUCCAGGAUCUGUCUUGUUUUCA